AUGUCUAUCAAUAUUUUGGCCGCCACGGCGACCGAUUUACAAAUCCUCCUUUCUCAAGGUACAAUCACGAGCAGGGUAUUGGUCGACCUAUACUUGCAGCAGAUAUCGCAGUACAACGGGUACUUGAAUGCUGUCAUUGCGACCGCUCCGACGGAGACGCUCCAUUAUUGGGCAGACGAAUUGGACCAAGAGCGGGCAAAUGGCGCUUUGAGAGGGCCGCUACAUGGUAUUCCAAUCUUGUUGAAGGCAUGUCUUGACAAUAUCGCGACUGGACCUGAUCUGGCACUACCGACGACGUGUGGUAGUCUUGCGCUUGUUGACUCGAGAGCGAGAUACAGCGCUACCAUCCUAAUCCGAUCGAGGUCCGAUCUGGCCAACUGCGGCUGGUCUGCUGUGGGUGGUCAAACACAAUCCCCAUAUGUGCGAGGGGCCUUUCGCGAUGAUGACUCUUGUGGCGGCCAUAGCAAUCCUGGAGGCUUAUCGUCAGGCUCAGCAGCGGCUGUUGCAGCCGGAUUCUGCCCCAUCGCGAUCGGCACCGAGACGAUGGGAUCGCUCGUGAUGCCGAGCCAGCGAGCUGCUCUCUACACAAUCAAGCCGACUCUGAAGAUUGUGUCACAGGCUGGCAUCAUCCCUAUUUCGGACGAAGCGGACAUGGCAGGCCCGAUGGCAAAAUUUGUGGCGGAUCUUGCAAACCUCAUGGAUGUGCUUGUGGAACCCUCCAAGACGGACAUUCCUCCGAAUGGUUACAUAUCUGCCGUGACUGGAUCCUGGGACGGCAUCAAAGUUGGGGUGGUCGAUCCCGAGAAAUGGCUCUUUGGCCAUGACACGCUCAAAUUUGAGCAAUCUGCGCAUGAUCAAAUGAUACGCGAGUGGAGCGCCGCCUACGAGAAGCUUGAAGAACAUGCGCAGGUUGUGAAGCACGUCGAACUGAUCUCUGAGGAUGGCAAUGCUGACUGCAUCAUAUACCAUAAAUUCAAACAUGUCUUGGAAAAAUACCUCUCCACUGUGGACAAUUGCAAGAUUAAGACUCUCGAUGACCUGAUCGAGUUCAACGAGCAACAUGCAGAGCUCGAACUUCCCGCAGGCGCCAACAACCAGAACGGCUUACUCCGAGCCCGAGACUCUAAGAUGAGCGACGAGGAAUACCACCGCAUCAUCGCCUCCGCCCGGGAGACCUGCGGCAAAAACGGCAUCGACAAAACCCUCGACGACAACGCCAUCGAUCUCAUCAUCGGCCCGGGAGAUGGACCUAUGUUCUGCAUCGCCGGCGCCGCAGGUCACGACCAAAUUAACGGCUAUCCGAUCGCAACGCUACCGGUCGGCUACCUCGAUUUCAACGGAAGACCUUUCGGAUUCCAAGUCAUGGCCAGAGCCCACCAGGACGCACUUCUAAUUCGAGUCCAAAGUGCAUGGGAAGCGACGUUUCCGGAACGUCGGCCACCACCACUGUCUACGGAUUUAUGGAUGUGA